GUUCUAUAUAAACCAUCCCUAGUAUUCCUUUAACUUCAGCUGUUCAACCCUAAACCCUAAUUUUGGUUUCUGCUUCUGCAACCCUCCGAUUUUCAAGGAGGUUGUGAGAAUUGUUGGUGAGUGAUUGAUAUGGCUCCUACUAAGGUGGUCAAUGCUAAAAAGGCUGAUCCCAAAACUCAGGCCUUGAAGACGGCUAAGGCCGUCAAGUCUGGUGGCCAAGUCUUUAAGAAAACCAAAAAGAUCAGGACAUCAGUUACAUUUCACCGGCCAAAGACCUUGAAAAAGGACAGGAACCCUAAGUAUCCUCGCAUUAGUGCUCCGCCCAGAAACAAGUUGGACCAUUAUCAGAUACUUAAAUUUCCUUUAACUACCGAAUCUGCAAUGAAGAAAAUCGAGGAUAACAAUACACUGGUUUUUAUUGUUGAUCUCCGUGCUGACAAAAAGAAGAUUAAAGAUGCUGUGAAGAAGAUGUACGACAUUCAGGCCAAGAAAGUAAACACAUUAAUCAGGCCAGACGGAACUAAGAAGGCCUAUGUUAGGUUGACUGCAGAUUAUGAUGCCUUGGAUGUAGCCAACAAGAUUGAUAUUAAUUUCUAUCCGGAUACUAGCAUGUUGAUUAUUACCUGUUAUCUAUUGUCAUGCACUGCAGACUUGUUCCUGGAUUUCAAUUUGGAAGCAGCCCUUGGGCAUAUUCUAGACAUAGUCAGGUGUCUUCCGUUUUUUGGAAUUUGGUAGAGACUGUUGUAUGUCUGGCACAUAAUAUACAGAGGGUUUAUCGAACAAAUAUGAGUUUUCUAUUUUGUUGGAUAACAUCUCUUUGGAAGGUAUUCAUCGUUGCCCAGUAAUAUACUUUGUUAUUAUUUGAGCUACAUCUGGAUUCUACAUCACAAUUUCUGCCCCUCACUAAUUUUUGUUUCUUUCAAGAAAAACGUUAUUCCUGCUGUUAUAAUCUAUAUUUGUCUUCAUAUUUAAACAAGUUUAAUUAUUGCAAGCUUCUGUUAUGGCUUUUGAAUACCAUUUUUAGUUUAUUUAUUUAUUUAUUUAUUGCCUAAUAACUAUUAGAUGAAAACAAUUUAUUCCAUUUUUGUACUUAGAAUACCAGACCUAGUCAGGUGUCUGCCUUUUUUGGAAAUUUGGUAGAGACUGUUACAUGUCUGGCACAUAAUAUACUGAGGGUGAAUCCAACAAAUAUGGGUUUUCUAUCUUGUUGGAUAACAUCUCAUUCGAAGGUGUCCAUCGUUGCCCAGUAACAUACUUUGUUAUUAUUUGAGCUACAUCUGGAUUCCACAUCACAAUUUGAGUCUCACUGACCUUUGUUCCCUUGAACAAAAUCAUAUUUUACUUAUUCCUGCUGUUUAUGUAUUCGUAUUCAAACAAGUUUAAUUAUUGCAAGUUCCUAUUAUUGUGCUUGAAUAAACUUGUUUGUUUGGCUAAACAAAUAUUAGAAGAAAACAAUGAGAUUUUUUUACCUACUUGGAAAUUCGGUACAGAAUGUUACUUGUCUGACAUAAUACCUAGAGUGAGUGUCCAUGUUGUAUUGUAACAUCUCUUAGAAAGGUGUCGGUCCAUAUUUGCACUAUAUCUUGUUUUGUUAAUUAUUUGAGCUUCAUUUGGAUUUCAACAUGGCAAAAGCUGAGUCUCGGUUUCCCUUCCCUUUAAACCUUGGAAGUAACGAAAGGAAAGCCGUCUGUAGCUAUUUUCUUUCAUUGUUCUCAACAUUUUUGUGGUUUUUUUUAUAAUUUAUCAGUUAAACAUUUCUUGAAAUAUCAAUGUAAUUCUUGAUAUUUUCAUCAUGCAUCUGUUACCUAAUAGGUACCGAGCCUCCUAGAGUGAUAAUUUCCUGUUGAUACGGAUAUAUUUUUUAGUUGUAUUUUGUUAUUGUACGCCGGUGUGGAUGCAUAUUCUAAUAUCACCAAAUCAACCCUGUCGGUAGAAACAGGCUUUCGUUCCGCGUAUUUAGUGAUUGUAAUAAAAGCGUUCUUUAUUUUAUCCAUUUAUGAUUGUGUAUGGAUUUUAUGUACAAGGGUGUGUGGAUUGUGU